GAAAAGGUUUUUGUUUUCGUAGCAGAUUCGUGGUGAAAGUCCUUUAUAGGGACCAAAUUUUCCCACAAGAAAUUGAGCGCAUGGUUGCUUUUGGGUCCCAAAAGAAUGAAUAUUAGAAAACAUUUAAAAAAAGCCUAAGGUAAUAAAAUUAUAUGCAACUAAAAAUAAUCACAAUAAUUUGCACUUAUGAGUUAAUGUGAUAAUCAUGUGUAAAAACUCUUUUCAACUAUUAUUUUUCACAAAAUAAUUUUGAGGAUCAGUUUGCUCUGAGCGCUUGUGUUGUUUACCAAGAAAAUGCAGCCCUGUUGGUUUUAUUUCUGUAUCGCAUCGCGACUAUUAAUUACAAACACAGCAUCAUCAACGGUGAUUGCAAGAACUACUGCCAUCCCUGCGGUUUUUCCUCUUGGUAAAUGCGUUCUGGUCGUGACCAAUGGUGGUCUCCCAAAUCAGCCGGGAAUAAGAACAAAACGCCGCAACCACUGCUGUGGUAAAUAUGUUCCAGCAGAACUGCCCACCGCCGUCGGUGUAAUGAUUUCGAUAGCUGAACAAACGCCAUCUGCUGGGCAUUCCCACAGCUUGUCGACACUUGUUAUUAUAUCACGUGUGAAUGCAACUGGGGCUUAAUUUGGUUAUUAACAGUGCAAUAGUACCAUGUCAUUGGCAAAAACACUAAGGGCUGCUGGCA